AUAAAUAAAAUUAAAUUAAAUUAAAAGAUAAACCAAAUAACAAUAUAAAUGAAGACAAUUUUAAUAUUAAUUACCAUAUUAGCCAUAACAUUCUGUGACUAAUAUGUAAACAGCGAAAACAACGCUGCAAAUUCUCUCCUUGAAUACUUAGAUAAGAUGAGUUCUGACAUAAUAUCCGAAUAAUUAAAUCACAACUAAUUAAAAGAAGAUCAAGAGAAAUAAUGUGAUGAAGAAUUAGCUUUCAGACACAAAGAAGUAUAAGAUGCCUAAGAAGCCGCCUAAUCUGCCUAAAUCUCAUUAGACAGAUGUACAAAUGCCGUUACUGCUACAAAUGCCAAUUUAGCACAAGUAGCUUUAAAUAUUAGAGCUAUUGAGAACAUUGUAGCUUCCUUAACCUAAAAAAGAAAGGAAGAAAGAGAACAUUACAAUGAAAUAUCAGAAAAUCAAUUAAAACCUGCCAUUUUAGCAGUUUAAGAUGCCUACCCAAUUAUCCAAGAAUUAGAAGAUAGUGCAGUCGGUUUUGUCUAAUUAACUAGACAUAUUACAAAAUUGUUCGCCAGAACCACAAAAGCUGGAAAAACAAACGCUAUAGCCCCACUUUUAUCAGCUUUAGUUGAAUUAGGAAAUGCUUAAGUAGUUGGAGUACCUAGAGAUUUGGUUUUAAAAAUCAGAAAUCUAUUCAACGCACUAGAAGAUGAUCUCAUAAAAGCCUACGAUUUAGCCGCUGCAACUGAAAACGAAAGAUAGACAUUAUUUGAUAACACUGUUACUUAAUAUAAGUAAGUUUUGGAAUAAUAACAUGAAUAUGAAAGUAAAUUAAAUGAAUAUUUAAUUAUUGUUUAAUAAUGUGUUGUUGUUGAAUCUGAUGUCUUAUCUAAAGCUAAUUAAAAAGCAAAAAGAAAUUAAUAGGCAUUAGAAGCCGCAGCUGCUAUGUGCUUUGCUUUCGAUUAAGAAUAUAAUAACGCGACAUUAUCAAGAAGUGACGAAUAAGAUUUAUUAGUUAAGAUUAGAUCAUUUAUAUAAUAAUAAGCAGAUGCAUUUGGAGACUAUGCAGCAGAUGAAGCUAGCUAAGAUGUUUUUAGAAAAGAUUUCGAAUCGUCAAGAGGUAAAUAAGCUUCUCUUAUAUAAGCUUUUGUUAAUUCCAGAAUCUAAAAAUCGAAAGAACAUGCAUCUUUUGUAUAAAAGAAUGCCCCAGCAAAAUGUAAAGCUUGUAAAAAAGGAUUCGUAUAAAAAAAAUUAGGAGCAUGAAUUUUAUGAAAAAGUUGACUUAAUAUUUUUUUUUUAUAUAAAUUAUUAUAUAAAAUAUUUUUAUUUAGAAUUAUUUUUAUUAUUUUAUAGUAGAUUUUUAGUAAUGUUUUUUUUUUUUUAAUAUUGGAAUGUCAUAAAAUUGUUUUUU